AUGUCGCUGUUUGGUUCAUCGCCGACUGAGGAUAGUCCGGCCCUGAGCUCGACUGGUCCUGCUCGACGUGGUGGUGCUGGGCUCUUUGAUGAUGAAGAGUCCGCAUCCAAACCAUCCAACAGUCUCUUCGCUGACGAUGACUCCCAAGAUUCACCUUGGGAUAUGCCUACGCCGCGCAAGCAGCAGAGCCGUGCCGACCUCAUCCGCAGCCUCCUCGCCGGUAGCGACGUACCCGACAGCUAUAUCGAGGUCUUCGAUACAGUAGUGCGCGAAGAUGGAAGCGGGGGUCAGGUCACCUCUGGAGGUAUCGCAAAGCUCUUUGCUACAGCCAGACUCGGAGCCGACGCUCAAGCUCGCAUCAUGUCCUUGGUCGCUCCGGGUGGCGGGGAUAUCAAGCUAGGUCGAAACGAGUUCAAUGUGCUGCUGGCCCUGGUCGGCCUGGCACAGGAAGGUGAAAUCAUAAGUCUCGAUGGUGUUGAUGAGCGACGAAAACGCCUUCCACAACCCAAGCUCGCAGGUCUCACUGCAGAGCCCAUUCUACCUCCAGUUGCUGAGCUUUCUGCGAAACCUCCUCAGACGCCUCCCAAGGAUAAUCCUCCUCAACAACAGCAAACUCCGCCCGCGCAGCCGCAGCCGCAGUCGCAGCCUAAACAAUUCCGUCCAGCUAUGGAAGACCCUGAAGACGACCCAUGGGGCAGCCCCGAUAUGCACAAGACCCACGAUCACGGUCCAGCCAAAUCCAAUGGUGCCCAGCGUCACAACACGAAUGGCCAUACCGGCUUCAGCCAAACACCCCCAACAACAGUAAUCGAUGCUCCUCCUCUAACUCAUGUCGCGUCACCUCCUGCGACUUCGCCGAAUCGUCGCAGACAGCCCAGCACUAACUCAGUAACCGGACCUGCUGGAUGGGGAUACUUUGAUGGGACCAAUCCCACCGUAGGCGGCUUCGGCGAAUCCCCAACUGCUGCUGCUGUUCAGAACCCCUUCGCCACCGGCGCUACAGCGACCCCAAACAUGCAGCCUCCUCCAGGCCUCCCCCACCAUCCGAGUAGCGGUAGAGUCAGCCGUGGCGCUGAAGAGAAGGUUAUUGUUACUCUUAUGCCAGAGAAGGAGGGAGUCUUUAUGUUCCAGCACCAUAACUACGAAAUCUCAAGCGUGAGGCGUGGCAGUAAAGUUAUUCGCAGAUACAGCGAUUUUGUCUGGUUGUUGGAUUGUCUGCACAAGAGAUAUCCAUUCCGCAUCUUGCCGCUACUUCCACCCAAGCGCGUAGGCGUAAAUGGCAGUCAUCUGUCCAAUGAUGGCGCUUUUAUCGAGAAGCGAAGAAGGGGUCUAGCACGAUUCUUGAACGCCCUCAUUAGGCAUCCAGUUCUUAACCAAGAACAGCUUGUUGUCAUGUUCUUGACCGUUCCCACAGAACUGUCUGUGUGGCGCAAGCAAGCUACUAUUUCUGUUCAGGAUGAAUUUACCGAUCGAGCACUACCACCUGGUCUGGAGGAUUCUUUGCCAGCUGAACUCGAAGACCUAUUUUCCCGAACACGCAGUGGUGUCAAGCGUUCCGCCGAGCUUUACAUCAACGUCUGCAACAUCAUGGAUCGUCUUGUCAAGCGAACUGAGGGUGUGGCUGCUGACCAUGCUCGUAUCGCCAUGUCUCUGGCUUCGCUUACUGAAACUUCCGAGGAUACAUACUCGACAGACACCAACGAAGUUCCCUUGCUUAACGAUGGACUUGUCGCCAUGAGCAAGCACCUGAGAACGUGCCAGGCUUUGAUGGAAGACGAGAGCCGUGGUUGGGACGAGGGUGUGCUGGAAGAUCUCAAGCGUCAACGAGAUGCUCUUGUAAGCGUACGAGAGUUGUUCGAGCGACGGGAAAGACUUGAUAAAGACAAUAUCCCUUACUUGGAGCGAAGAAUCCAAACUAACGAGAGCAAACUUACCAGCCUGAGAGCCAAGCCAGAAGGUAUGGUCAAGGCUGGUGAGAUUGAUCGUAUAGCGGAAAACAUCAUCAAGGAUAAGGAAUCCAUUGUUCAGCAGCACAACCGCUCCAUCUUUGUCAAGGAGUGUAUCCGCGACGAACUCAGUACCUUCCAGUCAACACAGUAUCUCGUGAGUCGGUGGAACCAGGACUGGGCUGGCGAGCGAGUCAAGUAUGCCGAGAUGCUCGCAGACAACUGGCGACGGUUGCUCGAUGAACUCGAGGGCAUGCCGCUGGGUGACUAG